AUGACUGUGCCAGAACCUCAUAUGAAACUGGAGGGCCAUUGCUCGGUCAUCCAUAGUAACACUCUUUAUGUCUACUCGCCCAAUGGGUUUGAGUCCAUUUCCCUCGCAGCCAAUGCCACAUGGAACAAAUUACCUUCAGGAGUCUCGGUCUCUGGUGCUGCCUGUGUGAUCGCUGCCGUUGAAGGCAAUACCGAUGAUGAGGCUAUGUAUGUGAUUGGCGGUAUCAGCAACUCGUCUAGCUACGAGGGCCUCCAACGAUACGCCUUCAGCCAACAAAAAUGGGAGACUUUGUCGGUUCAGAAUAUGGCCAACCGUACCUCCCACGGUGCCGGCUAUAUCGAGUCUAUCGCUUCCAUUGUGGUCUAUGCAGGGAAUCAGGACUCGGGAACCGGUGACUCUUCUGCGACUUACCUAAUGUCAACAACGUCUCCGUAUUCAGUGGAUUCAAAAAAUAAUCAGGGAGCGCCCGCUGUUUCAUCACCUAUGCUACUGACUUGGAAUUCUUCAGCUGUAGCCCUCAUUGGUGGAUCGGACUUAAACACUGAUAUCUAUAUCUAUGGCGCAACCUCGGGUUGGAUGUACUCAGGUGCUACGCUUCCAUCCGCUAUCCCCACAUCAAGUCGUUGUGCCCUGCUAUGGGAUGAUGACGGCAACAGGGUCUUGGAAGAGUUCAGCAUGGACGCGAGCCCUAACACGGUGACAAGUUACGACCUGGUCAAAGAGGGCAUCGCUCAAAACCCUGCUCCGAAAUUGGGUGAUUCAUCUUCAAAACGCAGCCUUAGUAGCUAUUCCACAUACAACAGCACAUACGCCCCCACCAACAAGUGGACUGACUACUCGGUCGCCCACGGGACGGAUGGGUUGGUGGUGCUAUCCAGUGGCAGUGGCAACAACUCACUGGCUGUUUUCAACGGAACAUCUGACAGCUGGGUCAACGCGACAGAACUGUUCUAUGGAAACACUCAAAAUGUUUUGAAGACGACCACCUCCACAACCACGACUUCAACUUCCACUCCCACCUCCACCUCCACCUCCACAACUUCUUCUGCGACAUCAAGUACUACGUCAUCAGCCACCGUCUUCGCAGCAGCACCAACUGGCAGCUCCAAAUUGAAUACAAAAUUGAUCAUCGGCGCUACCCUGGGUAGUCUGGUUGGUUUUGCGAUUAUUCUGAUCGCGAUCCUGCUUAUCAUUCGUCGCGUGCAAAAGAAGAGACAAGGUUCAGGUCGCGGCGCCGACGACAAAGACCGACUAAGCUUCCAAGAUCGGGGCAUCGAGCCUCUUGCCGAACGUGGCUAUCCAAUGGCAAAGAGUCCUGUGCCAGUUGCUGAGAUGUCAAGCGACUCCCUCGCUAUCUUGUCAGGACGACUUGCCGGCGAAAAGGCAUUGAAACCCCCAGUUGUAACCAGCUACGGACCAACCAAGCACGGCUGGAAGAGCCCAUUGUCAACAAUUCCAUCAAGUGGCUUCGCUCCAUCGAGCACGUAUUCUCUUGAUUCCGACCGGCCCGGCACGCCCGGGGAUCGGACAACAGAUGAGGGAUGGGGCAAGUACUUUGAAGAAAACAGCGAGAUUGUGGAAACGCAACCCGAUCGCUCAACCAUGGGAUCCUUGUAUACCAAGUCAGAUUACCGCAGCAGUGCCUGGCCGAUGAACAACCUCACGCCAUUGAACCUCGCAUUCUUAGACCAACCAAAGCCACUCGGUCAAGUGAUCAGUGGAAGUCCAACAACUCAAACCCACUCUCCACAGGGCAAAUUCAUCAUUCCCGAAAGCCAAUCGGCACGUAUAUCAAGCGCCGAUUCAAUCAGUACCCUUGCCACAGAUGAUGAUCCGCACGACACGAAGUGGACUCAAAAUAACUGGCUUGGACCCCGACCCCCAGCAGCAACUACAGCAACAGUGUCUACAAUACGAGCACGCGGGAUCUCUCGCAAUCAUACUCUGCGCAUGCAUCUAUACGACAAUACAACGGUCAUGGAUCAACCGUCCUAA